AUGGAUAAAGGAGAUGGAGGUUUGGGUUUCAGAGAUAUAACUCCUUUUAAUAAAGCUUUGCUUGCUAAACAAGCUUGGAGGUUGCUCACUAAUGAGUUCUCGUUUAUUGCUCGUUCUCUUAAAGCACGUUACUACCCACGUAAGGAUUUUCUUCUUGCUAGAAAUGCUCAUAAUCCAUCGUUUGUCUGGAAAAGCAUUCUAGGGCGAGAAUUACUUGAGGCUGGUGUGGCUUGGAAGAUUGGCAAUGGCGAGCGUAUACGCAUUGGCACGGAUCCUUGGUUACCUAAGGGAAAUGGCUUGUUCGAGGUGGUUAAGGUGGCAGAUGAGGCAAAAUAUCUUAACGUUAAGAGUCUGUUGGAUGAUGAUGGGUCCUCUUGGGAUUUGCGGAAUCUGGAGGAAACUUUGAAUGGGGAUGAUCGUUGGAGAGUGAUGGCUCAACUACGGAGUAGUCCCCAUGAUUGA